AUACUUUGGUGUAAGUUACUUAGUGCUUGAACAGAAUUGUCGAAAUGACGGCUUGCUGCAAUCUUGAUUCCAGGAAGGCUUGGGAGUGUAGUGGUCAGAAUUAUCGCAGUAUAUUUGAGCGCGAUUCCGGGAUUGUCACUGAGAUGCAGAUGAAGAUAAGGCGCGGGCCGGUUCCCCUCCAAAAGUCGAUCCGGGACCCCUAUAAUGAUGUACGGCGGUGGGCGCACUGACCCGCCGACAGGAAGCUCCAACCAACGUCACACCCAACUCGGCAUACGCGAACUCUCACCUAUUCGUAUUCCAGCUUCAACCCAGAUGCUCCCCAGAGCUUCCACCACCAGCCCACCAUGUCGCGCAGAGUAGCGAAAGGAGACUACAUUGAGACCGACACAGGCAACAAGGUCGCCCGCAAAGCAACCCUCGUCGGAACCCAGAACAUCAUGCUAGGCGGCAAGACGGUAAUCCAACCAGAGGUCAUGAUCCGCGGUGACCUCGCUCGCUCAGCACAGCCCUCUGCGGGCGGCGCCCCGGCCAACAGCACGGCCGUCGCGAUCGGGAGGUACUGCUUCCUCUCUAGGGGCGCGCUCCUCCGGCCCCCGGGACGGAUGUACAAAGGAGCCUUCACAUACAUGCCGCUCCGCAUGGGCGACCAUGUCUUCGUCGGCGCAAACGUCGUCAUCCAGGCCGCCUCGAUCGGGAACCACAUCCAUAUCGGCCGCGACUGCGUCAUUGGUGAGUUCGCCAUCGUCAAGGACUACGUUCGCAUCCUCGAGGGCACAGUAGUGCCGCCCAACAUGGUGAUUCCGAGCUUCAGCGUCGUCGCAGGCCAGCCGGCGCGCGUGGUGGGCGAGGUACCCGAGGGUGGGCACGAGGAGUUUGAGUUGAGGGAGCUGUAUAAGACGGUGGGGAAUAAUCCGCAGCCUUUGACUGCGUGACUUCGAAUGGGCUGCAAUGAAGAGAGAUGCGCGGGAUCUAAGAAGUUGGUUGACAGUUUGGCAUUUGCUUGCGCGAUGGAGAUGGAGUUUGGCGUAGGCCGAGCUUUGAGCUCAAAAUGAUACCCUUUCUUUUUCGCAGUGAAGACUUUGUGCCUGUCCCAUUCUGACUUCCACGUGUGGCAGCAACAUGCCUUGACGUUGCGCAUGAGGGAA